AUGCAGUAUUUUCAAACGGGGCGACCCACGCGGCUGUGUGUGUUGGUGCGCGCCCCGUUCGUCGUACAUAUGUAAGAUACAGAUGAAGUCGGAGUUGAAUUGAAAAUGAAAUGGAAAUGAAAAUACAACCCACCUAUUUUUGUUUCAUUUCAAUGUUAUACGAUUAAGUGAUUCGUUCUCUAAUAUAUAUUUUUAAAACUGUUAUUUAUUAUUCGUGUGACUGCGGCGACGGUUUCUCGUGUGUUUCUCGGUGCUCCGCUCGGUACUGCUGUUUGCCGUGCUGGAAGAAGGUGCUUUUUGGCUCGCCUGCUGCUGCUGUUGCUACUUCUUGGCGCGAGGUGUGCAAUCCGGUGCGCUUUUCUGCCAGCCUGCUGAGUCGGUUGUGUGUCUCUGCUCGGCCGCCGCCGCCACUUGCACCAAACAAUUCGAUUUACCAACCAAAGAAAACGGGAGUUAGUUCAGCUAGCAAUUGGAGAAAAUUGGCAAACCCCGAGAACCAACCGAAUGAGGGGGAAAUCAAAUCCCGAAAACAGUUGGACAUUCAGUCGUACAAUUGGCACUCGCGCGCCCGCACUCGAAUUAGAUACGAAGCUGUAAGUUCCGGGGGCCGAUUCGAUCGAGGUGGAAAAAAUGUGGUGAAGAAAAUUUAGUUAAGAAGGUGUGACGGUGAUUAAGUUGAUCUUUUUUUUUCUCUCUCGGGCCGAGAAUGUGAGAAAGAAGAAUUGUUACUUGGUGUAAAACCGAGAAAAGGUUUUUACUUAAAAGUGAGAAAAAAUCGUAGGAAAAUAUGAGAAAAUAAGAUUGAGUGUAAAAAUUAGAAUUAGUGCGAGAGUUCGGAAGAUUGAAGAUGUUAGUUUGAAGGGGGAGUGAUUUCUUCAGCGCUUGCAAAAUUACUGACCACAGCGAAAAAGUGUUGCGUGUACGGAAAGAUAUUAUGGACAGUGCAAUGGAUUCGGCAUCGACGGCCAGUGACCACAGUAUUGCGUCGUCCAACGAUUCCCGGGGUCGCAACCUGUCAUCUCCGGCGAUGCCCCAUACGCACAAUGGCAGCGGUCAUCCGCUGGACAAAACACGAACUCCUACUCCGGUGAGUCCGGUGCACCACAACAGUCACGGUACGAGUCUGAAUCACGGGUCUGGCCGUCAGAUGGCUUCUAGUCCCCUGGGGGCAACACCCCAGCAACAUAUGAUGAGUAUGGCCCAUCCGCUAAGUCCGCCACACGUGUCGACACCGAAUGCGAUGAUGGUUGGGAUGCCACCGCGAAUGGCCGGGAAUCUAUCGCACAUUCCGCCGCACGGACUGGGAUUGCUGAAUUCCUUUAUGCACCAUGCCAGCCCGUUGGAUCUGAUGGCCGCUGCUCAUCAUCAUGUACCUCCUCGGUCCUACAAUAGUCCACCGCCGAUCUCCAGCUCCGAUCCAACGGCCAACGAGUGCAAACUGGUCGACUACCGAGGUCAGAAAGUGGCUGCCUUCAUCAUCCAGGGCGAAACGAUGCUCUGUCUUCCGCAGGCUUUCGAACUGUUUCUGAAGCAUCUGGUCGGUGGUCUCCACACGGUCUAUACCAAGCUGAAACGGUUGGACAUUGUGCCGUUGGUGUGCAACGUCGAACAGGUGCGGAUACUCCGGGGGCUUGGUGCGAUCCAACCCGGAGUCAACCGGUGCAAGUUGCUGGCCUGCAAGGACUUUGACGUCCUCUAUCGGGACUGUACCACCGCCAGAUGCUUAUCGAUAAAACCACCUGAGAGUAACUCUCUGCUAUCGCACAGCUCUAGGCCCGGCAGACCCCCGAAACGAGGCCCCGUCGGACUGUCGAUGCCGGCGUCGCACAUGUCGCACCACGCCGCCUCCCAGAUCAAGAAGCACCGGCUGGACAAUGGCGAGUUCGUCUACGAGAACGGACAUCUGAAUGCCUCAUGGCUCACUGCCAUUACAGAUCUUCCGCGGUUGGAUAAGUCACCACUGCUGGCGAAUGGCUACAACGCACCCCCGACGCACCUCAACCACAUUCCGUUCAUGCAGAUGAACCCGCAUCCCGGCGGUGGUCACCCCCUGAUGAGCCCUGGCGUGAACCCGCAUGGUAUCCCGCGACCAGAUGGGUCCAUCAUCAAGGGGCAGAAUAUUCCCGGCAUGGAAGCUAUCGCUAGAGCUGCUUACGAGGACAUUGUCAAGCAUUUGGAACGAUUGCGUGAGGAACGAGGCGAGGAUCGCACUGUCAGUUUAGAACAGAAGCCACGAGACCUGAGUUCCCAGAGCGGUGCUCCUCUUCCCGAAUCACCAAACGGGGCCAGUCCGGUGCUGAACCUGUCCAAGUCCGGUGGUGACCAGACCAGCGGUGGCGCCCCCAGUGAGCGUAGCAAUCAAAACUCACCCGAACCCUCGGUGCACGAAGAGGACGAAAAUAUCAGCGAAGCCAACAUAUCGGACACCGAGGAACCGAACGAGAAGGAAGAAGACAUCAGCGAUUGCGAGAGGGACAUUUCAUCACCUGUGCCGGCAACGGUUCCGGUUUCGCAGGAAAUGGAAAGCCGCCAGCAGGCACUAAACUACUCCAGCCUGGCGGCCACGGCAGCCGCUGUGGCCGUGGGAAAUGUUCCGACGGCCCAGGAUCCGACGCACUCGUCGACGGAAACGCUCCUGCGGAACAUCCAGGGGCUGCUGAAGGUGGCCGCCGACAACGCUCGGCAGCAGGAGCGACAGACUAGCUACGAGAAGGCCGAGCUGAAGAUGGACGUCAUCCGAGAGCGCGAAGUCAAAGAUUCCCUGGAACGCCAGUUGGCCGAUGAAAAGCGACUCCGAGGUCUCUAUCAGAAACGAUUCAAAAAGGAGCGUCGAUUGCGGGUGCAGCUGAAGGAACGAUUAGACGCAGAACGGAAGCGUCGCACUCAGCUGGAAGAGAUUAUCAAGGCUUCGGGAGCACCCGCGGAAGCUUUACGGAUUAUAGCAGAAAACAUCAACAACGACCAGCAGCGCGAGAAGGAACGGGAACGCGAACGGGAAGCGGAACGGGAGCGUGAAAAGGAGCGCGAGGCGGAACGCGAGCGGGAAAAGCAUCGCGACAAGGCUCGCGAAGAACGGGAACGACUCGGCGAGUCGGAUCGGAUGCGGGAACGGGACUCGGACAGGGAUCGAAGUCGGGAACACGAGCGGGAUCGCGAUCGAGAGAGAGGAUCCUCGGUCGAACGGUUCUCCAAGGAGGACAGUCCAAUAAUUUCGAGGGGUGUUAGUCAGGGGGUUUCGCCACCGCAGCCACACAUCCCCGAGGGGAAGACCUGGAACUACCCGGGGUUGGACAUCAUGGCUACCGGGGCGUUCUGGCAGAAUUAUUCCGAAUCCUUGGCUCAAGAGCUGGAACUCGAGCGCAAAGUACGACAACAGGCCGCCGAAGGCGAAGUCAAAGGGCCUCUCCAGGACCGAUCCAAUUACUACAAAAACUCCGUACUGUACACCAGUGCCACUUAGUUCCAGCAAUUAUGGUUAAUCUUUUCAUCGCUCUCAACAGUAGUAGCUCUUGUUCUACUUUUUCUUCUCCCUUCGCUGCUGGUGGUGAGCUGGCAGUCGCUGCUAUUUCCAGUCCUGCUACCACUACUACUACUACUACUACUACUGGUGCUACCACCUACCAACUCUCAGUCAUUCGGUAGUGCGGACUGGUUAAUCGAAUGUGCAAUUAUACUAAGGGCAAAGCAACGUCCGAGCGAUUUGAUAUCACACCAUGGAGAAAAAAAAGAGAACGAGAAAAUGAUACACCGGACAAAUUGGAUCACGUGCAGCAAAUCAUUUCCGGAGAACUUUGCCCGUACUAUUCACAAACACAACUCACACCCAGCUUGGAUUUAUACUUUUGAUCAUAGAAGAAGACGAAUAAUACGAACACAGUUUACGAAAGUGAAAAUGAACUGAAACUAAGAUUUUAAUGAUAGAAAAAAAAACUGUAUUUAUCUAACGCUAACCAAACAUAAUGAUUAUUGAAAACAAAAAGAUAAACAAAAAAAAACAUAAAUUGCAGAAAAUAAUCAAAGCUGAGAAACAAAAUCAGUCGACGGAAAAGCCCAUUGAAAAUAGAUCUCAAAUACAAA